AGAGGGAAGCGCGGCCUACUCUUUCUCGGUACCUUUUUACACUAAAAACAGGAACAUAUAAAUCACCCCCUCGGCACCAAUCUGUCUUGUGUUGCAGUGAUUUCUAAUCAACUUCUUCAUCAUCAAACUUGGAAGAAUUGUUAUUUCUUGAUGGUAAUCUUCGUCUAGCAAAAGUGAUUUUUUCAACAAUAUUCUCUUGAAUUUUUGGUGCGGUUGCUUAUAGUUUUCCCUUGCCUUGAAAACUUGCUGCCCCUCUAGUGUAAUAGGUGAAAUACACAGACCCCAGGUGGCUCUGCCCCUGCCAGCCCUAUGAACCACAGGAUAAUUAAGAAUGCUCCGGAAGUUGAAGGAUUUCUAUUCUAUUUGGCAACUGAGAACUCCAUUGCGUUUGAGUACUUUUAGACAAGACUAUUUUAACAACAGCGGAGUCAAUGUUUUUUUGUUCAAUGGAUGUUGCACAAUGGUGGAUACUAUUAGAGGUGAUGGCUCGUCCUUUAUUUCUGAGUCGGCUGCGCUUCCAGAUUGGGUGAAAUUUUUUGAUGAGGACACAGUUGUUAGCAAAUCGCGGGAUGAUGACUUUGUGCCUCCUUCAAUAUCAUAUUGGAUUGAGAAUCCUGAAGUUCGUGAUCAAGAAACUGAUAUAAAAAGCAUAGUAAAUGAUAUAGUUGAAAGUGAUGUUGAUAAGAUCAGUAAGGUUCUAAAGAAUCAGUUUAAAUCCCCUGAUGAGGUUAUGGAGAAAUUAAAUUGCUGUGAUUUUAACAUAUCAAAGGGAUUGGUUGAGCAAAUAUUGACGAGAUUCAGCUUUGAGUGGAUACCAGCUUUCGGGUUAUUUAAGUGGGCUGAAUUACGGGGAGGAAUCACACAUUCGCCAGAUUUGUAUAACUUGAUGGUUGACAACUUGGGAAAAACUAAGAAGUUUAAUCUCAUGUGGGAAUUAGUGGGAGAAAUGAACAAAUUGGAAGGGUACGUUACAUUGGAUACAAUGACUAAAGUCAUGAGACGUCUUGCAAAGGCUGGUAAACAUGAGGAUGCAAUAGAGGCGUUUAGAAAAAUGGAACUAUUUGGAGUAGACAAAGACGUAAUGGCAAUGAAUAUAUUGAUCGAUGCCCUGGUCAAGCAAGGAAGUGUUGAACAUGCAGAAAAUGUCCUUUCGGAGUUCAGGGAUCAUAUACCUCCGACUUUACAGACUUGGAAUGUGUUAGUGCAUGGUUGGUGCAAAGCUAGGCAGAUUAGUAAAGCUAAGAAGACCAUUGAUGUGAUGAAAACACAAGGAUUUUCCCCUGAUACGAUUACUUACACCAAUUUCAUUGAAGCCUAUUGUCGUGAAAAAGAUUUUCGCAAAGUUGAUGCUACUUUAGAGGAAAUGCAGAGGAAUGGGUGUCGUCCAAGUGUAGUGACAUACACUAUCAUAAUGAAUGCUUUGAGUAAGGCGAAGGAAAUAAAUAAAGCCUUGGAGAUUUAUGAGAAGAUGAAGCAGCAAGGUUGUUCUCCAGAUGCUUCGUUUUAUAGUUGCUUUAUUGUUUCGCUAAGCAAAGCUGGAAGGCUAAAGGAUUCUUACGAUGUGUUUAAGGAUAUGUCAACGCAGGGCAUUGCUCCAGAUGUGUUGACUUAUAACACUCUAAUUACUAUUGCGUCCCAGCACUUGCAUGAAGAGAGAGCACUUAAGUUACUCAAAAAAAUGGAAGAGAGUCGGUGCAAGCCUGAUCUUAAUACGUAUGCACCUCUAUUGAAAAUGUGCUGUAGACAGAAAAGAAUGAAGAUACUAUCCUUUCUAUUGAGCCACAUGUUCAAGAACGAUGUCAGCGUUGAUCUUGGUACGUAUUCUCUUUUGGUUCGCGGACUAAGUAGGAAUGGGAAGCUGGAAAAUGCUUGCUCCUAUUUUGAGGAAUCAGUUCUGAAAGGAUUUGUACCAAUGGAUUGUAUGUAUAAGAAUCUGGUGGAAGAACUCGAGAAGAGGGGCAUGCUUAAGGAGAAGGAGCGAAUUGAAGAAUUAAUGUUACAAGCUAAACGCCAAGGAUAUGGUGAUGAUAAUCCAUAAACUAGCUUGUAGUCUCUUCAGGGUGGAUCUCUUCGCUCUUGAUUGUUCAUUAGUGUACACUAUUUUCAACAUUUGAAACUUUCAUUUUAAUUUGGCAUUUGCCCUCUCAGAUCAACUUUACAUUGCGUAAAACA